GAGGGGCCAUGGGGAGGAGUGACGUCAGCCCCCCUCUGGCCCUGCGGCUGGCGCUGGCGGGGGCGUGGCAUGUGGUGCGGGGGCGGAGCCUGGGCCAGUUCCCGCGGGUGCUGCGCGUGAUGGAGGCCGUGGGGCGCGCGGCCCCGGGCGCCAUCGGCUUCCGGCACGGGGCCCGCCUGCGCCUCGGCCUGCAGGCCGCCGUGGUGGUGCGGAUGCUGCAGGAGGCGCAGCCGGACGGCCGGAUCCUGGACGCCAUCGACGCCUUCUUCCCCGAGGGCGACGGCGCGGCCAUGGCGGGGCACGGCCAGGCGACCCCGCGGGACCUGGCGCUGGUGGAGGAGGCGCAGGACAGCUUCCGCGAGCUGGUGCUGGCGCUGCUGGGGGACGGCCGGCGGCGGGCGGCGUACCUGCGGGGCCCGGCGGGGCGGGACUACGGGGAGCCAUUCCUGCAGGCCCUGGAGAGCCUCUUCUACGAGUUCCUGCAGCGCCUCGAGAGCGCCCUGCCCCCCCCCCGACCUCUCCCAGCUGCAGGAAGUGGUGUGGAGCCAAUCGGGCCCCGGGCCCCGCCCCCGAGAGCUGCCAAUCCUCAGCCGGUACCUGCUGGACAUGGGCCACGCCCACCGCGCCUCCUUGCCCCGCCUCCUGAGGUCGAGCUGCCACCAGCUGGAGCCCGCCCACUGCUCCGCCUCCAGGCCUGCCAAGCCCCACCCCGCCCCGCGCAGGCUCCGCCUCCACGUGGCGCCAUUGGAGUUUGUCGAUGACGUCAUCAGCGACUC